AAAAAAAGAAGUUUUGUGUGCAUUUUCCUCUGCCACCUACAUUUUCUUUUCUUCUUUUUUUUUUGAGUCAUUAACUACCACCCCCCUUCUCUUUAUAUAAACACACAAAAAACAUAAAAAAAUUAAAGAAAAUGAACACCGUUCGUUCCUUCGUUCGAUUGGCUGCAAAGACCUCUCCAUUGGCCAGACAGACCGUAACCAGACGCACUAUCCAUUCGUCUCCUGCAGUUCUUUCCGACGCAUUGUUUGUGCAUCGCGACACACCCAAGAACAAUGCCAAGAUUCCUUUUGAAUUCAGCCCCGAGAACAAGAAAAAGGUAGAGGAGAUUUUCAAAAAGUAUCCUCCUCAGUACAAGAAGGGUGCUAUCAUGCCUCUUCUGGAUCUUGGACAAAGACAGCAUGGCUUUACUUCUCUCUCGGUUAUGAAUGAGGUCGCUCGUUUGACUGAGGUUCCUCCCAUGCGUGUUUAUGAAGUCGCUACUUUUUACACAAUGUACAACAGAGAACCCGUCGGAAAGUACUUCCUUCAGGUCUGCACCACUACUCCUUGCCAAUUGGGUGGAUGUGGAUCUACAAAGAUUCUGAACACCUUGACUGAGGAACUCAACAUUAAGCCUGGCCAGACCACAAAGGACGGUCUUUUCACACUUGUUGAGGUUGAGUGCGCUGGUGCCUGUGUCAAUGCUCCUGUCAUGGCCAUUAACGAUGAUUACUAUGAGGAUCUUACACCCGAGACUACCAAGAAGUUGGUUGAGAACUUGCAGUCCGGAAAGCCAGUCACACCUGGCCCUCAGUCUGGUCGCCACACUUGUGAGUUCGCUCCUGGUGUCUACACCACCUUGAACGAGGAGCCCUAUGGUCCUGGCUUUGGCGUCCGUUCUGAUUUGUAAAUGGAUAAUAAUAAUAAUAAUAAGAAGGAGAAAAAGACAAAGUUGUUGAGAGAAAGAGAGAAAGAGAGAGAGAGAGAAAAUAGAUAUAUAGAUAGAAAAAUGGGGAAAGAAAUCUUUGCAAAAUCAAAAAUCGAACGAAGAAAUGCGCUUUUUGUUACAUCAAGUAGAAAGAAUACACACGCAUAUAUAAUCAUAUAAAAAUUAUUCUUAUAAGUUGGUCCAGAGUGGUAUUCUAUGCUGUUCGUCUGCUUUCUAUCUAUUUAUCUAUAUAUUCUUCCUCGACUUCUUUAAUUUCAAAUUCUCUUUUUACUUUCUUUCUCCAUUUCGUAAUUUUGUCUCUUAGAAGACUGUGAUGUUC